AUGGGAAAGAGAAAGUCAUCGACAAGAAAGCCGGCCAAAAAGAUCAAACAAACAUUAGACACACAGUUUACAUGUCUCUUUUGCAAUCACGAGAAAUCAGUGAUAUGUACGUUGGACAAGCGGAAUUUAUUAGGGGAGUUGCACUGUAAGAUUUGUGGUCAAAGUUUCCAGACGGCAAUAAAUGGAUUGAGCCAAGCGGUGGAUGUGUACAGUGAUUGGAUUGAUGCGUGUGAGGAUCUUGCUGAAGAGGCGGAGAAGAAUGGCAGAGAGGUAGGAUAUGGUGGAGAGAGUGGGGAUGAAGAAGUAGAAGGGAGAAGCAGAAAGGAGGAUGUGUAUUCUGAUGAAGAGGAAGAAGUAGAAGAUCAGAGGAGGUCUUAUGCUCCGACAAGUAGUCGGGAUAUCGUCGAUUCUGACGACGACGAUUAUUGA